UGGGAUGCGGGAGGUUGCUGCUGGCUCGGCGCUACGAGUUCCGAGAAAGAUAGAGGAGACGGGGAGCCAGGAAUGGACGUGGACGAGCGUCGCGCGGCCGAGCUGUCGUGGUGAAGCGCGCGGAUCCUCGGCCGCAACCCCCGAAGCUCCUCCGCUUUUGGCGAAGGUACCGCGCUUCCCGGAAGGAGAGGAGUGUCCCGUGGCGUGGUUCAGUAUGCGCAAGCACCAUUCUACCAGUUAGUUAUGCACGAUGCCCAGUAAGAUAUGUUUGCCAACACUGACCCUUUGAAUGGCUCCAUGUUCAUAACAUUCCAAGAGUCUAAAGUGAGGAAAAAAUCCUGGUAGCUCUUUUGCUUCUUCACAAUUGCCUCCACCAGACUUCUGGAUAGGAAGCUCCUGUUGAGUUCCCAAAAAUCAAUCACGUCCUGGAAGUCCAUCUGCCAUGAGAUUCCGAAUCUACAAGAGAAAGGUCUUCAUUCUGACCCUGGUGGUGCUGGCCUGUGCCUUUGCCGUCUGGAGCAGUGGCAGACAGAAGAAGACUGAAAUACCGCCUAGAGAAGUGGAGCCAGUGAGGAGCAGCCGGGUGCAGGCCACCACGGGGCCCAAGAGAAAAGACAACGAAACGCAGCCAGAGAAGGUGGCCAAGCCCGAUGUUGACAACAUGACUUUGGUGUACAGGGGCAUCAUAUUCCAGCUGAACUUUGACCAGCCCAUCAGGAAUGAGGAAAAGUUCAAGACGCGGCAGAAAGAUGAGCCAGUUGUAGUGGUGCAAGUCCAUAACCGGCCCGAGUAUUUGAAGCUGCUUGUAGAGUCCCUUCGGCAGGCAAAGGGCAUCGAGAACGUGCUGCUAAUAUUUAGCCACGAUUACUGGUCCCCAGAGAUCAACCAGGUUGUCGCCUCUGUUGAUUUUUGCCAAGUUCUUCAGAUCUUCUUCCCCUUCAGUAUCCAGCUGUAUCCUCACGAGUUCCCAGGAAACGACCCCAAGGACUGCCCCAGAGACAUUCCCAAGAAAGAUGCCUUAAAGCUGGGCUGCAUCAAUGCAGAGUACCCAGACUCCUUUGGCCAUUACAGAGAAGCAAAGUUCUCCCAGACCAAGCACCACUGGUGGUGGAAACUGCACUUUGUCUGGGAGAAAGUCAAGGCCUUAAAAGACCACAACGGGGUGGUGCUGCUCAUCGAGGAGGAUCACUUCUUGUCACCGGACUUUUAUCACUUCCUCAAGUUGCAGGAGUCUCUCAAGAAAGAGCAGUGUCCCGAAUGUGACAUCCUGUCGCUUGGAGCAUAUAGCCACGCUGGCUAUUCAAGUAAGGCCAAUAAAGUGGAAGUGAAGGCAUGGAAGUCUACAGAGCAUAACAUGGGGAUGGCCAUGUACAGGGAGACCUACGAGAAGCUCAUCCAGUGCACAGACGUGUUCUGCACCUACGACGACUACAACUGGGACUGGUCGCUGCAGUACCUCACCGUGACGUGUCUGCCAGCCUUCUGGAAGGUGAUGGUGAGCGAGGCGCCCCGCAUCUUUCACGCCGGGGACUGCGGCAUGCACCACAAGAAAGCCUGCAUGCCGUCUAGUCAGAAGUCGAAGAUUGAGGGGAUCCUUCAGAGCAGCAGCAGCCAGUUGUUCCCAAAGAGCCUGCUCAUGAGCAAGAGAGUGCCUGCGGGGGGUGUGUCCCCCCACGUGAAGAAUGGCGGCUGGGGGGACAUCAGGGACCAUGAACUGUGCAAAAGCUACCGCAGGUUACAGUGAUGCUCCUCUUUUCCCUUCGCAUCCUCUUUAAAAGCCUUUAAAUAUAUAUUUUUUUGUUUAUGGACUGUUACUACUGCCUGUUCUUUGAUGGGACACUCAAAUAAAGUACAUUU